AUGGUGAGAGCUGAGCCAACUCCCAUUUAUUUGACAGCUAUUGAAGAAGCAAUCGACAGCUUGAAGAUUGAUGCUAGCACGAAGGCAAGCAAUGUCAACUUGCCUGCUAAGAAAGAUGCAAGUUCUUCUGAUGCAGUAUCUUGCAUUUCCUCCGGCGAUGCAGCUAGUACUGUGAAGGAAAGUGAAAUGAACCAAGAAACUUCUUUUGGGGACCAAGGGAUGUAUUACUAUGGAUAUUAUUAUCCUGGUUCAUAUGGAGGAUGGGAUGAGAAUGGCUACUUUGUUGGAUAUAAUGGCCUAGAGGUGCACCCAGCAGUGGUUCAAGCUGACAAUGGGUCAUAUCUGUGUUAUCUUCCGGGGUAUGAAAAUGGAUGUGCUUCUUAUAGUCCGGUUGUUCCUGGAGGCAUUGCUAGUGUGCAUGGUCAAUAUGUCAGCACACCUGGCAUUUUUGCUCAACCAAUUGCUUACGGAACUGAACUAGUACCUGCAUACUCAUGGGACCCUUCUUUUGUUCUUCUGGAUGGGGUUCAGGGACAUCCAGUUGGUGUGCAUCAAACAAAUUAUGCUGCAAGACCAAAAUAUUCUUCUAAUAAGCAUGCUAUUCCUUCUUCGAAAGCUGCCCGCAGUGCAAAACCCGCAGCAGAUACUGUCAAAGGAUCAUCAUCAGGUCUAGAAACUGUACCAAAUGCUGCUAAUAGCAGCCCAUCAUCGAAGGGUGCAAAUAAGGCAUCUGGUGCUUCCAUAACAAAAGGAUAUCUUCCAUCUAGCAAGUUUGUGAUGCAUAGUAAUAACCAAGGAAAAAACAGUGUUUAUCAAAGCAAAUGUAUCAAUGUGAAAGAAAGUGGUAGAAGCUGGAACAACGGUGAGAAGCUUAAGACGAGAAAUAAGUUAAAUGGACAUGGUGAUUCUGAAUCUAAUGAGAACAGCCACACUGAUAACUCAAAACACAGUUUGAGCCCUCAAGCUGAUGUUGGGUUGUCAAGUGCAGGGGGUGCUAACGCUAGCAUACCUUCACAUGUUGCAAUAAGCAAAAAUGCAUAUAAUCUUUCAGAUUUUGUUACAAAGUAUGAACAAGCUCUAUUCUUUGUAAUUAAGUCUUACAGUGAAGAUGAUAUUCACAAGAGUAUCAAGUACAAUGUCUGGGCAAGUACUCCUAAUGGAAAUAAAAGGCUUGACAAUGCCUAUAGACUUGCACAAGAAAGGAUGGCAGAAAAAGGAACCAAAUGUCCUGUUUUCCUUUUCUUCUCAGUUAAUGCUAGCGGCCAGUUUUGUGGUGUGGCUGAGAUGGUUGGCCCAGUAGAAUUCAACAGGAACAUGAACUUCUGGCAACAGGACAAGUGGAACGGUUUCUUCUCGGUAAAAUGGCACAUUAUCAAGGAUGUUCCUAAUCCACAAUUUCGCCAUAUAAUUUUGGAGAAUAAUGAGAAUAAACCUGUGACAAACAGCAGGGACACGCAAGAGGUCAAAUUUUCACAAGGUACAGAGAUGUUGAACAUUUUCAAGAACUUUGCAUGUAAAACAUCAAUACUGGAUGACUUUGACUUCUACGAAAAUCGGCAAAAAGUAAUGCAGGACAGAAGAGGCAAGCCGCUUACUACGUCAUUUGAUCACCCAUUGUCAAAAGCUGAAAAAACUGCAGAAAUUAAAAGGCAAACACAAUUGGUAAGUGCCACAGAAUUUGGUAGAGCCAAGAGUAAUGAGGGGCAGGGCAACAAUGUUGGGAUGGUACAUGAUACAACCAAGGAAAAUGAGGAGCAGAGCAACAAUGUUCCAGAAGUACUUGAUGCCUGUAGUAACAAGGAGCAACCCAACAAAGUUGCAACACAAGGAUGA